CGAAAAGUGGCGUCGGACAAUUGGAUGUUGCCGUCGACCAAUUAAGAAAGAGGAGAAGUGAUUUGCAGCUCCGGCGAGAAGCAGAGCUCCGGCGUUGUGUUUAUAUCUCAGAAAAUGGCAAAAAUCGUGAUAUUAUUUGAUUUCGAUCGGACUUUGAUCGACGGAGAUAGUGACAAUUGGGUUGUCACUGAAAUGGGACUCACAGAGAUCUUCCAUCAGCUCCGUUUCACUUUACCAUGGAAUCGUCUUAUGGUAUUUCAUUUAUUAAAGCAUCCAAAAUCUCAUCCUCUUCUUAUGAUUUACGCAUAUUGAAAUCAAAAUUUGAAUUGGAUUUUGAAAAGGAUAGGAUGAUGAUGGAGCUACAAUCACAAGGUAGAUCGAUUGAUGACAUUAAAUCUUGUUUGAAGAAAAUGCCUAUUGAUUCUCAUAUUAUUGAAGCUAUCAAAUCAGCUAAAUCUUCAGGAUGUGAUUUAAAGAUUGUGAGUGAUGCAAAUCAGUUUUUCAUUGAGAAGAUACUAGAGCACCAUGAUUUGGUGGAUUGCUUUUCUGAGAUUUACACAAAUCCAACCUCUCUUGAUGAUAAUGGGAACUUGCGGAUCUUGCCUUAUCAUAGUGAUGCAUUGCCUCCACAUAGCUGCAAUCUUUGCCCUUCAAAUCUAUGCAAGGGUUUAGUAAUGGAUCAUUUACGUGCUUCUUCUUCCAAUGAUCAAAUUCCAAGAAGGUUUAUCUACCUUGGAGAUGGAGGAGGUGACUUCUGCCCGACAUUGAAGCUGAGAGAGUGUGAUUUUGUGAUGCCGAGAACGAAUUAUCCGCUAUGGAAGAAGAUCUCAGACAAUCCCUUACUGAUCAAAGCAGAAGUCAAGGAAUGGAGUAGUGCAGAGGAACAACAGAGAAUCCUGCUGCAACUUGUCAGCACAAUAACAAAAGAAGAAGAUUCAUAACACAAUAACACUAGGCUUUGUUUAGAGUCGAUAAUAAGUGUUACUGAUUAAUGCAAAGGUGAUGAAAGAACAUUUGUUUGUUCCUCUUCACUAAAUUGAUAAAGGCAUUGCUUUGUGUCAUGGUAAUGGAAAUUAAUUGCUACCAGCGUUUAAACUCAAAAGCUACAUUAAAAAUGAAGGAAUUUAGCUAAAGCUCAUUCGAUUUUA